AUGCCCUCAGCAAACGCACAGCCGAGGACCCUGUACGACAAGGUCUUCGAGGAUCACAUUGUCAACGCACAGCCUGAUGGCACCGUCCUUCUCUAUAUCGACCGACAUCUUGUGCAUGAGGUAACCUCACCGCAAGCCUUCGAAGGCCUCAAGAAUGCAAGCAGAAAAGUGCGGCGACCCGAUUGCACCCUUGCCACCACCGAUCACAAUGUGCCAACCACCCCACGCAAAAACUUCAAGAAUGUCGCAGACUUUGUCAAAGAAGAGGACUCACGGUUACAAUGCACAACCCUGGAGGAGAAUGUCAAAGACUUUGGUCUCACCUAUUUUGGCCUAGGAGAUAAGAACCAGGGUAUCGUUCACAUUAUCGGGCCCGAACAAGGCUUCACUCUCCCAGGCACUACUGUCGUCUGUGGUGACAGCCAUACAUCCACCCAUGGAGCGUUUGGCGCUCUAGCCUUUGGCAUAGGCACCAGCGAAGUCGAGCAUGUCCUGGCCACGCAAUGCUUACUUACCAAGAAGAGCAAGAACAUGCGCGUACAAGUUGACGGUAAACUGGCCCCGGGAGUUAGCAGCAAAGACAUCAUUCUUCACGUCAUCGGCGUCAUCGGCACUGCUGGCGGGACUGGUGCAGUCAUUGAGUUUUGCGGCUCGGCCAUUCGUGGGCUCAGCAUGGAAGCUCGCAUGUCCAUUUGCAACAUGUCUAUUGAAGCCGGUGCCAGGGCUGGCAUGAUUGCUCCAGAUCAAAAUACCUAUGACUACCUCAAAGGCCGACCAUUAGCACCUAAAUUCGACAGCAACGAAUGGAAGAAGGCGGUUAAUUACUGGAACAGCCUCAAGUCAGACGAAGGGGCCAAGUACGACAUUGAAGUUUUCAUUGAUGCCAAGGAUAUUUCACCUACCGUCUCUUGGGGUACCUCUCCCCAAGAUGUCGUCCCCAUCACCGGUGUCGUCCCUGGUCCGGAAGACUUCGAAGAUGCAAACAAAAAGGCCAGUUGCAAACGUGCUCUUGAGUACAUGGGUCUCACCCCGGGAACCAAGAUGGAAGACAUUGAGGUUGACAAGGUGUUCAUCGGGUCUUGCACAAACGCCAGAAUCGAGGAUCUCAGGGCCGCAGCGGAGAUCGUCAAGGGCAGGAAAGUCGCUUCAAACAUCAAGCGGGCUAUGGUCGUGCCUGGCUCGGGCAACGUCAAAGCCCAAGCCGAGCGUGAAGGCCUUGACAAAAUCUUCCUUGACGCAGGUUUUGAGUGGCGCGAAGCUGGUUGCUCAAUGUGCUUGGGUAUGAACCCUGACAUUUUGUCUCCCCGGGAGCGCUGUGCAAGUACAUCAAAUCGUAACUUUGAAGGCCGGCAGGGUGCCUUGGGUCGCACGCAUCUCCUGUCACCAGUUAUGGCCGCCGCGGCUGCCAUUGUUGGCAAGCUGGCCGAUGUGCGGAAACUCACCGCCGGUGAUGCCACUACAGUCAAGUCAUCUCCCAAACUCACUGUAACACCAGAAUUUGCCGAAGUCGACUCUGAGGAGGAACUUGACCGCAUCCUCGACAUUCCCGCGGAUGUCGGCCCGCAUGUGAACGACAGUGCUGCGACAGGCGGAGCUUCGGCAGGCCUGCCAAAGUUCACAGUUCUCAAGGGCAUCGCAGCGCCGUUGGAGAAAGCCAACGUUGACACGGACGCCAUCAUUCCAAAACAAUUCCUCAAGACUAUCAAGCGCACUGGUCUCGGCUCUGCUCUCUUCCACCCAUUACGAUACAACGAGGACGGCAGCGAGAACAGCUCUUUCAUUCUCAACCAGGAGCCAUAUCGACAAUCCAAGAUCUUGGUAGUCACAGGCCCCAACUUCGGCUGCGGCAGCUCUCGGGAGCACGCACCUUGGGCGCUCUUGGACUUUGGCAUCAAGUGCGUCAUUGCACCCAGCUACGCCGACAUUUUCUUCAACAACACUUUCAAGAAUGGCAUGCUGCCGCUCAUCAUAUCAGACCAGGCUGCCCUCGAGAGAAUUGCGGACGAAGCCCGUGCGGGCCGCGAGAUUGAAGUAGAUCUACCAAACCAGGUGAUUCGUGAUGCAGCCGGCAAAGAACUUUCGAAGUUCGACGUCGAGGAGUUCCGCAAGCACUGCUUGGUCGAGGGCCUGGACGACAUCGGGCUGACUAUGCAGAUGGAGGACAAGAUCGCUCGGUUCGAGCAGAAACGCACUCUGGACACUCCUUGGCUCGACGGCAGCGGCUACCUCAAGAAAUGGCGCAAGGGCCCUGUCAUGGUUGAAGCCGUGCCGGUUCCGAAGACAAACCGUGGCGAGGUCAAAACUGAUCCCGUUGAAUGGUGA